AAAGGACAGGAAGCCGGGAAGUAAACAUUGAGGGAUUGGCUUUAUUUCUGUCGGAUAGUUUUGGGGUCGGCUGCGGAGGGACUGAGUAAGAAAAUAUUCGUAGAAUUUGCAGACGAGGAAGAGUUGGGUAACUUCAGAAAGUGGAUCAAAGGCUCCUAAUGAUUAGAUAUUCUCACGGGAGUGAUGAACGUCAGGUAGAGGAGGGGACGAGAACCAGGGACGGAGGAGGAAGCCGCUGUUCUAGGGCACAGGAAUGAACACUGCGCCUUCAGGGAAAGUCGGAAUAACUGUAAGAGUGUCCGGUUUGUCGCGGUUGUUUUAAGUACUCCUCGGACAUCUCGAGCUAUCCCUAGACUGCAAGUGGGAAAAGACGCUUCCAGGACUCAAGGGGAAGCCAGGUAACUAUGUCAGCUGCAGUUGUAGAUGCAGUUAAUGCUGCCCCCCCAUCAGGGUCUAAAGAAAUGAGUUUGGAGGAACCAAAGAAAAUGACCAGAGAGGACUGGAGAAAGAAGAAGGAGCUAGAAGAACAGCGAAAAUUGGGCAAUGCUCCUGCAGAAGUUGAUGAAGAAGGAAAAGACAUCAACCCUCAUAUUCCUCAGUAUAUUUCUUCAGUGCCAUGGUAUAUUGAUCCAUCAAAAAGACCUACUUUAAAGCACCAGAGACCACAACCAGAGAAACAAAGGCAGUACAGCUCAUCUGGAGAAUGGUACAAGAGGGGCGUAAAAGAGAAUUCCAUAAUCACAAAGUACCGCAAAGGAGCAUGUGAAAAUUGUGGGGCCAUGACACACAAAAAGAAAGACUGCUUUGAGAGACCUAGGCGAGUUGGAGCCAAAUUUACAGGUACUAAUAUAGCUCCAGAUGAACAUGUCCAACCUCAACUGAUGUUUGACUAUGAUGGGAAGAGGGAUCGGUGGAAUGGCUACAAUCCAGAGGAACACAUGAAAAUUGUAGAAGAAUAUGCCAAAGUGGAUCUGGCAAAACGAACAUUGAAAGCCCAGAAACUCCAAGAAGAAUUAGCCUCAGGAAAAUUAGUAGAACAGGCUAGUUCUCCAAAACACCAGUGGGGAGAAGAGGAACCAAAUUCUCAGACGGUAGAAAAAGAUCAUAAUAGUGAAGAUGAGGAUGAAGAUAAAUAUGCAGAUGAUAUUGACAUGCCUGGACAGAAUUUUGACUCUAAGAGACGAAUUACUGUACGGAAUCUUAGGAUUCGAGAAGAUAUUGCAAAAUACUUAAGGAAUUUAGAUCCAAAUUCUGCCUAUUAUGAUCCAAAAACUAGAGCGAUGAGAGAGAAUCCUUAUGCCAAUGCUGGAAAGAAUCCAGAUGAAGUGAGUUAUGCGGGAGAUAACUUCGUUAGGUACACAGGAGACACGAUUUCAAUGGCUCAGACACAGUUGUUUGCUUGGGAAGCCUAUGACAAGGGAUCUGAAGUGCAUCUACAGGCAGAUCCUACAAAGCUAGAGCUGUUGUAUAAGUCCUUCAAAGUAAAAAAAGAAGACUUCAAAGAACAGCAGAAGGAAAGCAUCCUGGAAAAGUAUGGUGGCCAAGAACAUUUGGAUGCCCCUCCACCUGAGUUGCUUUUAGCCCAGACUGAAGACUACGUGGAAUACUCAAGGCAUGGGACAGUCAUCAAAGGACAGGAGCGGGCUGUUGCCUGCUCUAAGUAUGAGGAGGAUGUGAAGAUAAACAAUCACACACAUAUCUGGGGAUCUUACUGGAAAGAAGGCCGAUGGGGAUACAAAUGCUGUCACUCUUUUUUCAAGUAUUCCUAUUGCACUGGAGAAGCUGGGAAGGAGAUUAUUAAUUCAGAGGAAAGUAUUAUAAAUGACAUAACUGGGGAAGAAUCUAUAAAAAAGCCUCAAACCCUCAUGGAGCUGCAUCAGGAAAAACUAAAAGAGGAGAAAAAGAAGAAGAAAAAGAAAAAGAGGAAGCAUCGAAAGAGCAAUUCAGAUAGUGAUGAUGAAGAAAAGAAACAUGAAAAAUUGAAGAAGGCGCUGAAUGCAGAGGAGGCCCGUCUUCUUCACGUCAAGGAGAUCAUGCAGAUUGAUGAGAGGAAGCGGCCUUACAAUAGCAUAUAUGAAACGCGGGAACCCACGGAAGAAGAAAUGGAGGCCUAUAGAAUGAAACGUCAGAGGCCAGAUGACCCCAUGGCCUCUUUCCUUGGACAGUAGUUACUAGUCAUAGAAGAUCAUCACCCAAGAUAGAUGCAACUAAUACGUUCUUUUUGGCUUCUUGCUGAUGAUUGCAGAUAGAAAAGUCCUUGUCUACUCUUCUUGCUGCCUAACUUCAAUAAAUCUUUCAGAAAUCUCAUAGUAAA